CAGCUUGAUUGUCCUCGCGGUCAUGUGUGUCGUGAGUUCGUGACAAUAGGUGACGAUCGGUGAUCAUCUGUUUCAUAUACUGUCAUAUACGUUGCGCACAAUUGUAGCGAUCGCUGUCAAAGACGAUACAAGUCGGUCCAAUCGUAGGUCUGUCGAUUUUGGGGAAUUUUAGGGGAGUUCGUCUCGUUGAAGCACAAUCUCUACGGCAGGGACCACGAAUUGGUUGUUCACGGGAUAUCGUCUCCCGAUCCCUCGGCUUUUCUCUCACGCUUGACCACCAACUGCUGCAGCAUCGGUAUCCUUUCUCUUGUCAACGCCAAGGUGCCUCGUGACACCACUCUCCCUCUACGACUGAUUCUUUGAAGUUCACGGAAAUUCUGGUUUAUUCCACAUUGGUGUACUGAUUAAUUGUCAAUUGGAAAGAGAAUUUUUUAUCAAUGGUAAAGAUGAGUAGAAAAUCGAACAGCGCAAUCUUGCGACUGAAGCAGGAUUAUCUGCGUCUGAAGAAAGAUCCUGUGCCAUAUGUUCUAGCAGAGCCAGUUCCGUCAAAUAUUUUAGAAUGGCACUAUGUCGUCAAAGGACCUGAAAGUACACCGUACGAAGGUGGCUUUUAUCAUGGAAAACUAAUAUUCCCUGAGGAAUUUCCAUUUCAACCACCGAGCAUAUAUAUGACCACACCAAAUGGUCGUUUCAAAGUAAACACCAGGCUCUGCCUUUCGAUAUCGGAUUUUCAUCCAGACACUUGGAAUCCUGCCUGGACCGUGUCCACUAUACUUACAGGGCUUCUUAGUUUCAUGAUCGAAAAGAUUCCAACUUUUGGCAGCAUCAACACCUCAGACUACGAGAAGAAAGUAUUGGCCUUUCGAAGCUUGGAAUAUAACUUAAAAGAUAAGAUGUUCCGUGAAUUGUUUCCUGAGACAGUCACCGCUAUCCAGACAGAAUUGGAGCAUCGAAAAGAACUGGAGAAGCAAGCGAGGCAUCAGUCAACCGCUUUAGAGGUCUCGUCUCUGAUACGCGAUCGACUACAAAGGGAACAGAGCCCACUGCACAAUGCCGUCACGAAUCUAGUUGUAAUCAUAGGUUUCGCAGCGUUCGCAUACACCGUCAAAUACGUUCUGAAGAAUAUCGCUACCGAGUAAAGCGAAACGUCGAGUCGUCUCGAACUCUCGGUAGAAGGUAUGAAAACGAUGAGCGUACGACGCGUUCCCCCAAACGAUUGAGUCGAUGGAAAUUACCUUCCGUCACCCCAUCCGUCCGAACGUCAUUUGGCCGAUGUAGAUCGAGCGCCGAUUCCGAAUUCUACACCUUCCAUAAGACCUUGGAUCGUACACGGGUUUCAUUCUUCGCUCUCUUCAUCCUGAAGAAAUAGCGAAUCCACGAUUUUCGUUAAUUGCGGGUAAAUCAAGAAAUCCUCGGGAUUGUAUCUUCCUACUACCGCGUAUUUGCGUUACUUUCGAAAAAUCUGUCCGGAUGGUUCAACGAGCACCUGUACAGGUCCAUCGCUAAGAAUUGCUCAUUUCUAGAGGCAGGUCUUCGCGAAUCAAGGCUCACGUGGGUGCAGAUGGAUAUUCAAUGUAUUUCUAUUUAAUCCAUGCCAGUACGUUGAUCGCGUCACUCAUCGCUCAUAAACGGGGGGAAGAGCGUUCGUUUACGCGCACGUGAGCGCAACGGAGAUGAACGUACGGAACGUAAUCGAGUGCGCGUUUUAGCUUAUCAUACGAUGUAAAUACGGUGUAUGUUAGUGCUGUAAAACCUGCGAAAUAGAUUUCCUCUCACGAGAGACACGGCGAGACGGCCCGACGUUAUUCCGCGCCGCGGUGCUGAACGACUUCGUUCUUCGGCGGAUCCGUUUCCUUCUAUCGAAAGAAUCCACGACAAUUCCGUAAAUUUGUGUACGGCUUAAGCGCACAGCGAUGCGUCGAAGCAGUUUCAUCCUCUGUCUUAAAUUUAAAACGCCUGGGGCGUUGUGAGUUGACACAACGAAAAUAAGAAUCCCAGGAAACAAAUGAGAUAAAACCUCCGCUUCAAUCAGGUUAUUUUAUGCAAAUUUUAUACAUUACAUAUUUCGUUACGUUAUAAUAUAAUAUAUAAAAUGUAGGUGAUGUUAUAAGGUUAAUAGUUUUGUUGGAAAACAAAACAAAGAAAGAAGAAACAAAAACAUUAGGUGUUUAGUUUUUAAAAACAUUAUAUCCUGGAAACUCACGCCGUAUCGCUGUGAACGCUUGGAAAAUGGAUAUCUAGGACGCCGGAGAACGCGACAUCGGGCCUUUUCCAUCGUUCCAGAAGGCAUUUUCUGAAUGCUACCUUGUUCGCGUGCGCUCAACGAGAAGCGAAUUCGUCAGGGGAACCGACUCUUGUAGGAAUCUCCUUUUAUCGGGCUUAUCCAAAGUGCGUACGCGCUCGUUACGCGUGUAGCGCGUCCCUGCCGGAACUCCGCGGCCCGGCCGCGCCGAUGUAAUCCGAGCAAACGUCCCGCAAAAGAAGCAAACACCAAUUUAUUUGGCCGAGGAAUAACAGGAAGCUCGUUCGAGUCGACUAGGGGCUUAAACGACACCCCCGGCUGGGCCGAUAAAUCAAAUCCCAGGGCCCGGUCCCGACGUCGCUCCCUUAAAGCUAUCUUCACCUUGGAAUCCCAGUCUCCGAUGAGAUCUCAUAUCCAGCCUGCUUCCUUGCCCUGAGUACGUAUCUGUUAGUGACUCCGAAAUCUCCUUCCGACUUAAGAAAUGUUAAUUUUAAAUUAAUUACGAACAACUAGAAACAGGAGGCACACGUUUGGAAUAAUAAACGAAGAACGGGAACAUACGAAAAGUUCAA